AUGCCACAACGUUACCCCGUUAUCAUCAUCACUGGAACUCCGGGUACUGGAAAGUCCACUCAUGCUCAGCUCCUACAAGAUACUUCCCCAGUCCCUCUAAAACACAUCAACGUCGGACAACUAGUAAAAGAUAAUGCUUUUCAUCACGGCUUUGAUCAACAAUGGCAAUCUUAUACUGUAGAUGAAGACAAGCUUUUAGAUGAACUCGAACCAUUGGCAUCAGCUGGUGGAAUAAUUCUCGACUGGCACACCUGUGAAAUAUUCCCUGAACGAUGGGCAGAUCUAGUCGUCGUUCUACGCUUGCAAUCAUACCAUGCUCUGGGAACAAAUUAUCCUCUCAAAAAGAUACAGGAAAACAAUGAAGCGGAGAUCAUGGAAGUCGUCCUCCAAGAAGCCCGAGACUCCUACCUCCAACAGAUUGUUAUCGAUCUCAAAAGUGAAUCUUCUCAAGAUCUUGAAAAUAACGUCAGCAAAUAUCGUUGA